GUUACUCGGAAAAUUCUCUGCCAGAAAUUUGCGGUGUUUUCUUCCUCACAAGUGAAGAAAUGCGAUUUUAAAGAGGAAACUAUCCACAGACAGUUUGCAGUUGAGCGGCCAUGUGAAAUGGCUGCUCAAACUAGUUGUCGUGUGCAAUGCGUGAACUUAGGUCGCCCCAAAUUCUUUUUAAAAUUUAUGUACACGCCUAGAACGUGUAUGUAUUGACGAAAGAAAGUUCUUUGGGGAAAGGGUUAUCGAAGUGACGCACAGUGCCCAAGAGUGAAGGACUGUUGUGAAAGUUGAGCCUGAAAAGAGAGAAGAGCUGGAAAAAAAUAUGAGCACAUCAGGUGGUGAGCCUCACACUCUGCUGAAUGCUCUCAAACCAAUGCUAGGUUGUUUAGGAGAUAUCAAGGCCCCUCAAGAGGUGGUGCGGAUUAUAAGUUUAAUGCGAGAUGCAGAGAAGUUGAUGAGUCGUUGUAUUUACUUGAACAUCCUGAAAGCUACUAUUUCAGCUGCAAAGGAAAGUGAAACUGCAAGUGAAUCACUAGAAAAGUUUAUGAGUGUAGGAGGCUGGAAUAUACUGAAUAAGUGGUUAGUUGAGGCAAAGAAAACUGAGAAUUUUCCUGUGCUAUUGGAAUUACUGGAGGUCUUGAGAGAUCUUCCUGUAAAUAUAGACACUUUAAAACAAGGCAAUACUGGCAAGAUUAUCAAGCAUCUCACCAAGUUAGAAAAUCAAGAUGUCAAGAAGCUUGCUUCAGGAAUUGUCAAACAAUGGAUGAGUCUUGUGAGAAAUCAGACAGGAACAUUAGAAAAAGGUGACAAACCUAAGCUGAAUGGUUCUGCUAAUGGUGAGGAUACUUUGCAAGGCUCCAAGCAGGCUGUUUCUUCAACUGAAGGAAAGCCUGCCAAGAGGAUGAGAGACAACAACUCAACAGACUCAAACAGGUCACCUCAAGUUGAGAAGAAGGCUAAAACACUGAAUGAAGUUAAAAGUGAUGUCAAACAGAGCAUGGCACAAAAGAAUGUUUCUAAAACAAAAGUUAUCCCACCUCAGCCUAAACCUGUUGCUAUGGAGAGUGCAGGAUUCAUGAAUGCCUUAACAAUUGCAGCAUCAGCUGCCCCUGUGCGAAAAAGAAAACGUGUGUCCACAGCUUCAAAGACUGGAACUACUAACACCACAACUUCAACCUCUUCAGCCACAACCACCAAGCCAACAUAUACAGGAAUUCUUGAUGCUAUUUUGGACAGUCAGUCACAAACACAUGGUCAAGAGGAUGGAAGGGAAAAGGAAAAAGAGAACAAAGAUAAAGAAGUGGAUAGUUCAGGCAAUAACAAGUCUGCUUCAUCUCCUAAUGGCUCACCUGAUGACACAUCUGCACCAAGUGGAGAUAUUGGAGAUUUUAGCAAAAUUUCAGAGCCAUCUGAAAAAGAUAAUUCUCCAAAUGCAGCAUCACAGGCAUCAACAGAUACAGUAACAUCAGCAGCUGAUGAUUUAGAAGAGAAACCAACAAAGAAGUCCAAGAAGGGUAAAAGAGUUACAUGGCCUGAUGAUGAUGCCAACCUUGCUAUCUUCCAUUACUUUGAGAUGGAUGAAGAUGAAAGAGCUCUGGUUAGACAUCCUGUGAACUUCCUUGAUGCAGCACAUAAUGAAAUGGUCAGGGAGAGACAGCUUGUGGAACAAGCCAAACGUUUGAGUGAAGACAUAAUGGCAGAGAGAAUCAAGUGGUACAGACCCAGAGCCUUAACACUAGAACACCAAAUGGAAAAAGGUUCAAAGAGUACGCAGAGGCAAAUACAGAAAACCAGAGAAGCUAGUAUACUUGCAGAUAUAUUUUUAACCAAGUCAAGUUUGCCUGACAGCCCAGCAGAACCUGAACCUGAUAACCAAAAAGGAAGUCCUGAAGAACCCAGAGUUAUACCACAUGAUGAGAAAGGAACCACUCAUGUACCUGCCAAGGCUCCAGUUGUAUCUUCUAACAACAGCAGUGUACAGCUUCCACCAGCACUUAUGUCACUGUUGUCAUCAGCAUCCUCAACUACAGCUGGGUCAGUAUCUCAUGGAAGUGGUGACAGAGGACCUUAUACAGUUCAAGCCCUCCUUGAUAAAAUUAUGAAUCCCUCCACGCAGGGUAACCCACCCGACAUGGCACCUGGUUCUCAGUCUCUUCCUCAAAAUGAGCCAGGGAGUUCCUCCUUACCCCCAGCCCUCCAACAUAUCCUGGAACCUCUUCAGCAGAACAAAAUGGGUCCUCCACGGAUGCAGGGACCUGGACCAGGAUCCAUGCCUGGCAUGGGUGCGGGAGCAGGAUUGCUGGGUGCAGCACCAGGUGAUCCAAUGGGGAGUCUUAAUGUCUUCAGACCAUCCGGUCCUAUGGGUCCUAGAGGUGUACAAGGCCCACAUUUAAGACCUGAUAUGCCCCCGCAUUUUCAAGGCCCUGGAGGCCCUAGACAAGGUCCACCAAUUGGGCCCCUGUUUCCAGGUCCAGAGGGCCCCAUGAUGGGUCCUCGCAUGAGGGGACACAUGCCAAUUCGAAUGCAGGGCGGACCAGGUAUUGGUAGAGCCAUGCCAACAGGUCCUCGGCCUCUUUUACCAGAGAUGGCCCAACGAGACGACUUCCACUCGGACCAGUUCGACGAUGGAGGGGAGUAUGGUGACGAAGACGAAGAAGGCGAACUUGGAGACAUGAGCAUGCGUGGUAGGGGUCGAGGAAUGCCGCGCGGUCGUGCACGUGGAAGGGGAAGGGGCAGAGGAACGCCUCCUGUCUGUCGACAUUUUGUGUCAAAACGAGGCUGUCUUAGAGGAAACACGUGUCACUUUUUACAUCCCGGAGUAAAUGGACCUCCAGUUUGACAGUGAAUAAUAGAGCGUUUGAAGACGGUGGCGCUAAAUUCCUGAGGUCAUACUUUUCUUGUUGACAAUUACGACAGGAAGCAGGGAAUUGGAGUAGAACUUUUUUACUUGGGCAUGACAUGGAAUGUACUGAUACGUCUUCAAGUUACUUUAUUUUUGAUAAGAAACAAUAAUGUCUGAAGUUCACCAAUGGUAUUUAAUAAGGAAUAACAUACGGGUAAUGCUCUAAGUUUUCAUUUACAGUCGGCAUCGAGACGUAUGUUCUCGAGGUGGCCUAAGCACAGCAGAGGAAGGAUUUAUAGCUAUUGAAGAAUGACACUGAACAUGCAGUGAAGGAAACUCUCUCUAGUACCAAAUCAGGGAAACUAGUCUAGCAAGGAGGAAAAAUUACCAAAUUUCUUGUGACUUUCUUUUAAACCUCAAAGCCCUCUUAGUGUUAGUUGAAAUGGGGUCAAGCAAAUGCGACCAAUCUUUUUAGUCUGAUGGAAUAAGGUAGUGAUAAAGGUGAAGUGUUUAUUAAUGUUUCACGAUACUUGCGCGAUUUGUUUCCUUGAUUUGGUAUGAAUAUCCAAAUUCUCCUCGCCGCCAAUACAAGCAGUGUUGCAAUUGCUACAGAAAAUACAUACCCCAGUCAUAAAGGUUUAGGGAGUCGUGCACAAUUCGAGACUUGUACUUUGCCCAGUUAUUGACUCAAAUCUUCUCUCUUAUCCAUUCAUCUCCGUCGAAACUACGGAAACUACGUAUUUUAUCACGAGCGUUCGUUAUUGAAAUUAUCUUUGUACAUAUUGUAUAGAGUGUGGAAACAGCGCAUGUAGAAUACUAGGUAGAAAUAGUUUUUAAGCGAUAUCUACUUGAAAAUAUUUUGCAACACAGCUAGAGAAUAAAUGUUUCGUAUUUUA